AGGAGUGUUUACAGUAACAAGAUGGAGUGGAAGAGAAUUUCUAGGGUUUGAAAGAUUCUGUAGAGUUUCUUUGGUACUUCGUUCUUCCAAUCAAUCUCAAUUGCAAUUCUGUGAAAUCGAUGGCAAGUAAAAGACGGAAGCAGAUUAUAACUCAACCAGAAACACAGGAUACAGUGAUGAUUUCAAAGAAGACGAAAGCCGGAAAUGAUGGUGAUUCCGAAGAAAUCAGUAAUUCUAUAUCUCUUCCUCAUGAUCUUGUCAUAAAUGAUAUACUAACGAGAGUACCUGUUGACAGUUUGAUGCGAUUCAAAUGUGUAUGCAAAUUGUGGCUUAAUUUAAUCUCCAAUGAUGCUAAAUUUAUGAAUAUGCAUGCUCGUAAAAGUGGUACUCAUGGGUUUGGGUUGAUGUAUCUUUCAUCAAGUUAUACUGGUGAUGAUAGUAGAGUAGGUAGAAAAAUUGAUGAAUUUAAUGGUGUUAUCAAAUCUGAUGGUAUUGUUUUCUGUAAUAUUGAUAAGAAAGAAAAAAAGGUUUUUCAUUUUAAGCCUCAAACUGGUUUGGUAAACAGGAAAAUAGUUAUUCGACAUUCGCUCAAUGGUUUAGUUCUUUUAUCUCGCCAAGAAGAUACUUUUGGUUUUACUCAUCAUGUUUUUAAUCCAAUUACUGGUAAUUUACUUGAGCUUCCUGUUCUAAAUGAUAUUGCCCGUAGAGUGUCAGGUUUUUAUUUGCACCUAGCUUAUGAUACAGCCGCUGGAAAGUAUAAAGUUGUUUGCUUUUAUAAAAGGAUGAGAGAAUUAAUUUUCAAGAUUGUUACUGUAGAUGUUAGAAGUGGUUCUUGGAGGAAUAUCGUUGCUCUAUCGUCUCCUUGUUUACUGGAUGAUUAUGAGGCGGUGUUUGCUAAUGGAUCUUUAAAUUGGUUGACUCAUGACAGAUAUGGUACGGGUGGUUAUAAAGCUGAUCAGGGUAAAAUUCUUUGUCUUGAUGUUAGUGAAGAAAAGUUUUAUACGAUUGAUUACCCGAAAGGAGUUCCCGAUAAAUGUCAGCUAUUGGAGAUGGGAGGAUCACUUUGUUUUCUUUCCUAUGGGUCGACCGGGAAAAUAAAAUUAUGGGUUUUGAAGGAGAAUGGGGAGAAGCAGAGAAAAGGAAAUCAAUGUAAUGAAUGGUUAGAGUGGAAUGUUGAUAUAUUGCAGAAUAAUGAUGUACUGAAACUCUUCCAUAAUUUGGACAACUUUCAUUGUGUUGCAGUUGUUAAAAACCCUAAGCUUAAAAUCAUAUUUUGGACUGCCAAUCGGCGGAUACUUGAUGAGCCAGAAGAGAGGGGAUUUAGCAGGUUUUACACUACCGAGUUCUACAGUUAUGAUGUUGAUUUGAAAACUUUUGCUUCCAUCUCUAAGCAUACAGGGAUAUUUGUCAAAUGGGAUCUCAACUCCCUUGUCCACUUCAAUCAACCUUUGCUGGUUAGUUUGGUGGAGCCAGAAAAACUAAAGUGGAAGAAACAAGCAGUGUGCAGGCGGAACCUCCAGGCUCGUUAUGCAGUGGACUAGCUGCAUAUUAGCAGGUUAAUUUUGUAAGUGACUGCAAGGAACUCGACAGUGCACUAACUUUUUUUUCUUAUACUCGUGUGGAAAUAUGGAUAUGACUGUACAUUUCUCUCGAGUGUGUUGGAAUUCAGUCCUUCCAAGGGUGUAACAGGAUGUUAUAACCAGAAGACGGAUCUAUUAACGAAGGAAUGCUUAAGUAGGAAUCUAAUCAAAACUUGGUAUUAGAAUACUUGCAUCUUCUUGCUGGGAAAUUCUGAAGCUCGAGUUUGUAAUACACUUUAACUGCAUUUCUGAUUUCUUGGCUUUGACAUAUGUGUAAUUGCUUACAGGUUCCAUCAGUUAAUUUAAUCAUGUUUCUCCAUCA